AUGAGCGAAGCUUGGAUCUCCAUCUCCCCCGGUCUCUCCGGUAUGCGCAUGUUCGAAUGCGGGACUAAGACUGCGGAAGAGUGUGCGUGGUAUAAGCAUCGGUGGCACUUUUGGUAUGUAGCGGAUUACGUGUUUGCGCUGCCGACUGUUGCGUUUUUCAUGAGUGGGAUUGGGGUUUUCGUUGUUGCGCACGUCGUCUCUGGUUUGUUCUUACGGCAGAGGAAGGUAGGGCGGGGUGUGUUGGUGAGAAAGGUGUUGGCGGGAUUGAGGUAUCUGGCGUAUCGUGGGUUCCAUGUUAGAAGGUUGAAAUGGAAUUCUGCGCCGGCUGGGGUGUUGAUGCUUGGUGCUGCUGGUGUGGUGUUCUUUUUCUGUAUGGAUCUGAUACCGCAACCAUACUAUUGGGCCAGCAAGAAGUUUGGUAAUUCACCGCCAUUGGCUACGCGGUCUGGAUGGCUCGCCUUAGGCUGUAUGCCUUUUCUCUUUGCUACAGCAAGCAAAACAAACUGGAUCACAUUGAUCACCGGAGUGUCCUAUGAACGGCUCCAAGUAUUUCACCGAUGGAUUGCGUACGCGUUUUUCGUUCUGGCGCUGAUGCACACAUUUCCUUUUAUCGUGUACCACAUCCAUUGGCACGAUAUGGAGCACCAUUUCUCGAGCAGUCUGCUAUUCUACUGGACGGGGAUAGUAGCACUUAUAUUCCAAGCGUGGCUGACGUUCAUGUCGCAUAGUGUCUUUCGAAACCGCGGAUACGAAUUCUUCAAAGCAACACACUUCUUUGCUGCCGUCAUCUUCAUGAUAACCUUCUUCUGGCAUUGUGAUCAAACCCUGACGAGUUGGGACUAUUUUGUUGCCACGGCUGCUAUAUACGUUCCUUGCUACGUAUACCCAUGGCUUCGCACAGCAUUCGAAUACAAAUGGACUCAGCAAGCGCGGGUUGCAGUUGAGAAUAACGGUUUCAUACGUGUUGCCAUUCCAGCGACGUUCUACUGGGCUCCGGGUCAGCAUUGCUUCCUACGCUUUACGAGUUUUGGUUUCCUAUCUGCCCUAACUGCUCAUCCAUUCACUAUUUGCUCUACGCCUGCCAAGGUAUCGGCGGAAUCUAAUGAGCUGGUAUUCUAUAUACGCCGUCAGGGUGGGUUCACAGAUAAAUUAUAUCAACAUGCAUUCACCAAGCCCGACGCCGGUAUCCCGGUUCUUGUAGACGGACCUUACGGCGGUGCUAGUUGGCUCAGACUACGUAACGCAGAUCGCCUUCUAGUUAUCGCAGGCGGAUCUGGCGCCGGCUGGACCUUGCCUUUUAUUGAGUAUUUUCUUCGAUCAACUGCAAACUCCAUCGACGAAGCAGCACCUCGUACCUCCAUUUCGGCCCCGACGUCACUACGCGUUGUACUUGCGAUCCGCGAUACCAAAAGCCGUUUGUGGUUUGAGCAGACUCUGCAAACCAUGUUUUCGCGAUAUCCAACUACAGUCUUGUCGUCCGUCCAAAUCGAGGUCCACCUCACUGGUGAAGCCGCAAAUCAAGCUGACAUCCUGCCUAAAACAGCACAGCCAUCAACCCGCUCAGUGCCAUCUGAAGCGUCAAAUGACAUUGUAGUCGAUACUGAGAAAGAAGUCGAAACAUUUGUAUCAGGCAAAGAGUACACAGGCCGACCACAACUACCGCUGGUCGUACAGGACGAGGCAGAGAAAGCAGCGGAUACAAACGAGACGCUGAAUGUGUAUAUCUGUGGACCCAAGACAAUGCAGAACGAUGUACGAAAUGCCGUUGCAGCUGAGAACCUGAAGAUAAUCACUGGUGCGAGGAGCGGUGGCGUGUAUUUACAUACUGAGUACUUUUCCUGGGCAUAG